CAGUAAGUUAACAAGUGUACAGUCCACUAAUCAGCUGCUAAUUAUGAUCAGAUGAUAGGAUCAGAUUGUGAUGACUGUCAUAUUUCUCAAAAUUUUAAAAUGUAUAUACAGUAGAUAGAAUUCUCCAUCGUUAAAAUGACAGAUGUCCUACGGACCCGGUUUAACCAGAGUGCACACAGGUCACACUAAGAUUAUUCUUCUAUGUAUACAGCUAGGAAAGCUUUAUAGCUGCUGAAGAAUGUCGAGCACAGUAUGGAGACCAUUGGAAUGUUUUCAGGAAAAAUCGGGUAUGAAAACAGCACUUGUGUUAUUGAAUCAACCAAAUCCAUACAACAAACCAUUUCUGACCUCCCUCUGGAAGAAAGCUCAGUUUCGUGCCUCAGUGGAUGGAGGUACAAACCACCUGUACGACGUGUUCAAGGAUGACCUAGAUGCCUUCCUACCUGACAUAAUCACAGGGGACUUUGACUCCAUUCAGGACACGGUGAAGAAAUUCUACCAGGACAAGGGAGUGGAGUUUGUGCCUACACCAGAUCAAGAUUACACAGACUUUACAAAGGCAGUAAAAGAAGUUGGCAGAAGAAUCCAUGACAAACAGAUUGACUGCAUAUGUGUCUAUGGAACCUUUGGAGGUAGACUUGACCAUGUGUUUGGCAACAUCAACACUCUCUUUGAAGCUGAUCAAUUCACUAGUACAAAUGUACUACAAUUCUCAGACGACACCAUUGCCUUCCUCCUUCAAAAAGGUGAACACAAAAUUGAGGUGGAUCCAGCAGUUUGUGGUGAAUGGUGUGGUUUGAUCCCAGUUGGUGGGCCUUGUCAUUGUGUUACUACUCAGGGGUUGAAGUGGAAUCUUGAUAAAGGAGCUUUGCGAUUUGGCGAGUUAAUUAGCACAUCCAAUACAUUACAAAGUAAAGAAACCAACACUGUCACUGUGGAGACGGACAGUCCUCUGUUAUGGAUUAUGGGAAUUUCCAUAUAAAAAGGUAUUGAUAAAAAUAUUCAUGGA